AUGGCGGACUACAGCGACGAAGACGAUGCGCCUGUCGACUCGCGCACGCCCUCAGACGACUUUACAACAGACGAAGACGACGACUCCCUUCCGCCUCUCCCAUCCAGGUCCCGCUCCGCGGCAACCCCGAGGACCGCAAACACAAUCCCGGCAGGAGGUCUGCCGAGGCAGUCGUACUGGCGGGACUUGGGGAGGGCGAACGUGGAGCAGAAGGGGAGGGUCCGGCCGAAGACCAAGCUGCUCGUCUCGGACUUGGACAACACGUUGUUCGCCCCGAACGGCGACGGCGUGAUCGCGCGCCCCUACCUCAAGACUUUCAUCAAGUACAUCACGCACCCCUCAUCGCCUUACAAGCUCGCUCUCUGGACGUUCAGCGGCCGUCAAUGGGGUACGGCGCAUCUGCGCCAAGUCGGGAUGGGCAAGUACCUCUUCGACUCGACCUCCGAACCGGUCGGCGAGGUGCCGAAACUCAAAGAGGGGGUAGUGGCCUUCUGGGGCUACGAGGACAGUGGGUUCACGGCGUUUGGACAGAUGGAGGCUGGCAAACCGCUGAAGGAUCUCGACCUCAUGUGGGACAUGCUGAAUAUCACGACCCACUCGCACUGGAGCCAACUCAACUCGCUGAUUGCCGACGACCAGCGCUCGAACGCCCGCGCGCAGCCGGACUCGAUCGUCAAUUGCCCGGUCUUUACGAACAAGUGCCCGGACGACGAGUUCCUGUUGGCGUUCAUUGGGGUGCUGGACUCGCUCGCCCACGAAUCCAACUUCUCCUCCUUCAUCCAGUCCACCUCGCUCAACGGUGGUAUCGAUCCCGCCAGACUCCCGCACUACUGCUUCCUCGGCGAAACGGUAUGCGGAGAGCUCGGGAUCAAGGUCGAGAGAGGGUUUCCUUACCCUCGUCCCGAACCGAUCGAACGGAUGCGGUCUGUCGCGAAGCUUUCGCCGACUCGCCACGGUCCCGUCCACGACGCUGCCCCGGAGCCGACCACCGUCCAGCCACUCGCGCUCCCGCUCACCUCGCCCCCAACACCCCUACGUCUCGCCGCGGGAAUGCCAACAGGUCCUUCGUACGCCUACGCCGCGGAAGUCGGUGUCCCCAGUCGGGUGUUAGGGAAGGAGGAGGUGAAGAAGCAGAGGCCGUUGGUGGUGUUUGAUCUGGAUGGGACGCUCUACUGCCGCCCGCCGCAGAACCUCGAGCACAUGCCGGACGGCGAACCGGCUGGCAGGCCGUACCUGCGGACGUUCCUCUCGUGGUUGAUGCGGUACGAAUCCCCUUGGUCCGUCGCAAUCUGGACAGGCUCGCAGAAAGCCACCGCCAUCUCCUGCCUCUACGCUCUCGACCUCGGCCUCGUCGGUCCCUCGCUCACCUCCAGCGGCGAAGCCGAGAUUCUCCACCCCAAGUUGCUCGCGGUUUGGGCGAGGGAAGACUUUGGGCUCACGAAGAAAGAUUACGAGAGUUAUGUGGCGGUCGUCAAGGAUCUGGAGCGGUUGUGGGAGUUCCUCGCACACAAGAACGGCGCUUGGCAGUUCGACGCCUCUAACACUGUCAUGGUGGACGACACGCCUUCGAAACUCCGCGCGCAACCUUACUCGCUCAUCGCUGCCCCGUCCUACCUCUACCCCUUCGGCCCAGGAUCGAUCCAGACGACCCGCUCGUUGAUGGACCAGUUCCUCCUCGCGCUCGUGGGGAUGCUCGAUUCCCUCCUCGCGGAAUCGAACUUUGCGGCGUUCAUCAAGAGCAUGAGGUGGUACGACAAAGACGAGGGUACGAACGAGGUACAGACCGCGAAGGAGAUGAGGAGGUGGAUGAACGAGGGGUUGGAGGUUUUACGGAAGGCGGAAGUGCCGGUUGAAGUCGAGGGGAGGGGGUUGGUACCCGGCGUGAAGGGGACGGAGAACGAGCCGAGGGGGAUCAGGACGGCGCCUGUGGUGGUGAAGAAGGCUCCUGCCGUCUUCCGCUCAAGCGCGGCUAUCACGCCUUCAACUAAGCCGGCUGCACCUCCGACCCCCUCUGCUCCUGCCGCCGCUGUCGGUCCCUCAGGCCUGACCGCGGCCAACCUUUCCGCGCUGAACCACUCGAACGGCGACGACGUCGGCGUCAACUCAGACACCGACAACGCGAGUGACACGACCUCCUCGUCCGUCAAUGGCGACGCGGCGGAUGAUGACAGGGCAUCCAAGGCGUCGACCGAACCUGCGCCUCCUUCGUCGCCGCUCAUCCGUCCCGUGUCUGCUCCGCCGCAGCGCAAGUCCGCCCCGCGCAGCCGCUUCGAGCGGGAGAUGGACGCCCUCCGUGCGCUGCACCCAGGUCGAAGGAAGGGCCGGAACGCGGUCGAGGACUGGGAACUGCUGAGUGAGGAUCCGGACGAGAAGCCGCGGGAGGUCAAGAGUCCGUUGUAUGGGUAG